GGAGGGAUAGAGGAAGAGGAGGAGGUGAAAGUCUGAAUAAGAAAGCAGCUCCUCCCGCCUCGUCGAGCUGCCUGCAGACCGGACAGCAGCGGCGCACAACCAGCACUCAGCAGCGAAACCACGUCCGUGUUCGGAUUUAACUCCGUGUGAAUGAGCGAGACUUCACCGGAGCAGCACCGACAGUCGCCUCACUGAACGCACCGACAUGCUCUCCCCGGGACUCUCCGUGUCUCUGCUGGCCGUGUCCUGCGCGCUGUGGCCGGCCGCGGUCCGGGCGGCGUCCUGCGAGCCGGUGCGGAUCCCGCUGUGCCGGUCCAUGCCGUGGAACAUGACCAAGAUGCCGAACCACCUCCACCACAGCACGCAGGACAACGCGGUGCUGGCCAUCGAGCAGUUUGAAGGGCUGCUGGGUACUGGCUGCAGUCCGGAUUUACUCUUCUUCCUGUGUGCCAUGUACGCUCCCAUCUGCACCAUCGACUUCCAGCAUGAACCCAUCAAACCCUGUAAGGCGGUGUGCGAACGGGCAAAGUACGGCUGUGAGCCGGUGAUGAAGCGUUACAACCACAGCUGGCCCGACAGCCUGGCCUGCAGCGAGCUGCCGCUGUACGACCGCGGAGUCUGCAUCUCACCUGAGGCCAUCGUCAAAGCAGAGGGACCAGAUCCAUACUACCAGGACCCAGCCAGGUGUAAUCCAGAAUCCAGUCCAGACUUUCCAAUGGACUCCAACAACCUCCACUGCAGAGGACCAAAUGGAGAUCGCUGUAGAUGUAAAAUAAUCAAAAUGAAUCAGAGAACCUACACGAGGAACAACUACAACUAUGUCAUCAGGGCGAGGGUGCGGGAGGUGAGGAAUCGCGGUCUAGAGCCCACGGCGGUAGUGGAGGUGAAGGACGUGUUCAAGUCCUCUCUGGUCAACAUUCCCAAAGAGACGCAAACACUCUACUACUCGUCCUCCUGCCUGUGUCCUCCUCUGACUCCUGGGGAGGAGUACCUCAUUAUGGGCUAUGAGAAUGAGGAGACGUCCAGGUUGCUUCUGAUUGACCGCUCCAUUGCUCAGAGGUGGAAGGAUAAAAUGGACAAGAAGGUCAAGAGAUGGGAUGUCCUCAUGAAAAGGGGAGGGGGAGGGGGAGGCGGAGGAACCCCGCGCCAGAAUCGCCACUGAGAUCUGACUGUGUGUGUGUGUGUGUGUGUGUGUGUGUGUGUGUGUGUGUGUGUGUAGAUAUUGCACUAUCACAGGCUGUUGUAGCUGAAUGUAGUUCAUCUCUUCAUUUGUCAGACUGGAGUCUGAUUUUUGUCAUUUAUUUUCUUUGCACAAACAUUAUUUAGUGUGCGUUUUAGUGUGUGUUUGUCAGUGUGUACAAGUGUAUGUGUUUGUAUGUAUGUGCAUGUGUGAAGUGCGUGCGUGUGUGUGUCUGUGUCUGUGUGUGUGUGUGUGUGUGUGUGUACACCUAAAGCACUCAAUAAAGACAGGAGCUUCUGAGCUGUACUAAACCUACGCACAGCCAUACAGUCUGUACGUGACACUUUUUUGGAACACAUUUCUUUUCAGUGGCAGCCAUGUUGGCUCCACAGCUCCUCUCCAUGGUCACAGUCUUUAAUAAUCCUGGAUGUUGGCCAUGUUACCAUGGCAGUGGGAUGGAGGACAUUUAAAUGAUAUGAAAGCCAUUUGGACUUGGACAUUUGGACUAUGAUAGGUCUGUAACCAUGACCUGAACUUUACUGAACUCUGCAUAAAGGAAGGAAAGAAGAUUAUUCAUGCUUUGUUCAUACAGCAGCAGCAACAACAACCAGAGCAACAAGAGCAACAGCAGCUGCAACAAGAGCAGCAGAGACUUGACUUGUUCAGUAUUGUGUGAUCCAGCCAUGGGUGGAUUACUGGAUGGACCUACUGGACACAGGCCCAGGGGCCAGAGCAUCUGUUUGAAGAAACUAUUAACAUUUCUUUUGGGAAGCUCGAUCAUACGAAUACAAGAGAGACAAUAAAGACAUGCAUAACUAUGAUUAUGAAGAGACAAAGAGACAAAAAUUCCAACAAAGAGAUGCAAAACUACCACAAAGAAAGAGAUAAACAGUGACAAUAAAGACGCAAAAAAUUACUACAAAGAGACACAAAACAACUAUAGAGACACAUUACAUGACUACAAAGAUGCACAAAACUACCACAAAGAGACACUGUCUCUUUGAAUGUGGGUGUGCUCCUAUGUAGGUUUUUUAGAUGUCUGUGCCCAGGGGUCUGUUGUCUCAAAAUCUGUCCAUAGAUAUGUGUCAUGACAACAGAAAACGACAUAUAUCCGUGUUACAAACUGCUCACAUCAUCAUUUGUUGGUUAAGGUCUACAUGUCAGGAGCCUGGAGUGUGCCACUUCAUGUCUUUGAAUUAAAUUAAUCAUGAAAUGGAAAAUGUAAAUUGACAGAGCAGGAAACGAUAUAAUGUGAGAUGGAAUAUGAUGUGCAGAUAUUUUAGUAAACUGAAAAACAAAAACAAACAUUUUAAAAGCCUUCUAAAAAUUGGGUAACAGUUUGUCAUUUAAUUGAUAAACUAUUAACAGAUUAAACUCACUGAAUGAGUUUUUUAAAGCAUUAUUUAAAAUGGCACCCUCCAGACUCCAAACAUGUAUAUAUACAUAUGAAACUAAUAAUUGUUAUUAUAAUAUCCAGUUUUAUAAUGGAAGUUGGGGGAGUUGCUGACACAAAUCUGCUCUGGUCACAUGUGAAUUACAACAUAAACCAGAGGAAACAGUUUUCAGAUUGUCUUUGAUGAGUUUCACUAAUGGCUGAACAAGCAUUCAUUUAUCUCUCCACCCACUCGGGUGUCAUUGUAAAAUCAUCAGAAUGCAUGUCGAUCAAUCACAGAAGUUUAUUAGAACUGAUCUUUUGUUCACUUUUACAGCUGCAAUGAUUAAUCACUUAGACAGUCGACAGAAAAAUCAUUGAUUAAUCAUUUAAGUCAUUUUUCAAGUAAACAUUCAUUUGUGAGGAUUUGCUAAAUUAGAUAAUUGAUCAUUGCAGCCCUACUCACUGUAAUCAGUUUGAAUCUUAAUUUAAUUUUUUUCUACUUGGCCAAGUUCAGGUCAUGUGACAGUAUUAUGUUCUCUGAUGAUCUGAGGGAAAGUGAAAGAUGUUGAACCGUUACUAAAACACGCUGCUUGUUUGAUUGAUGUGAGGGGUGUGCUGGGGGUGGAAAGCUGGAAAGGUACGGUCACAUUACAUUUCUGUCUGUCUCCUGUCUGACCUCAGAGCUCAGAGCUGACCUUUGUUUAACUUUGAUUUGGCAGAUUUGGAUGGUCAGCCGACAGAAACACAGAUACACUGUGUUUGGCAAUAAAAUGAUUCUAGUGUCAUCACCAUGAUUAGUACAACUCUGAUCAGUAUUUAUAUGUUACCUGCUUCAUAAAUGUGCCAUCCCGUCUUUUUUGUGAAACAAGGGCACAGUAACUUUGAUAAACAGAGGACUAAUGUGACUGUACCUGUGUCUGAGCCUGCAUUUCAUUGUUGAAUGUGAAGACCCACUGGAAGCAAGAAAAAAUCCUGCGACACCUUUGUUGUCUGACACUUGCACGUCUGCGAGCAUUGUGUAAAUACACCGAUGAGCCAAAACAUUCUGACCACCCCUGGCUAAUAUGCUGUUGGUCCUCAGUGUGCUGCCAGAACAGCUCCAAACCUGCCAUGGCAUGGACUCUACAAGACCCCUGAAGGUGCCCUGCGGUACCUGGUACUAAGACCUUUGAGUCCUGUAGGUGCCGAGGAGGAGCUGCCAGGGAUCAGACUUAUUCCAGCACAUCCCCCAAAACCCUGCUUUGGGUUCAUGGUCUCCUUGGACCUUUGUUGGUGGGUACUCAUCACUGCUGGAUGCAACAGUUUGUUGACUAUGAGAACCGACUGUUCACUGCACCACUGUUACGAGACAAUCGGUAUUACCUGCUUCAUCUUCGAGUGGUCAUAAUGUUUUAGCUCAUCUGCGUAUGCAGCCUAACAACCAGACAAUUUACAGGACUUGCCUCCAAAACAAACUUUCUUAGUUGCUCUUUGUCUUUGCGGUAGCAUCAAACAAACAAGAAAAACAGUUUGAGUUGAAUUAAGAAUAAUAAUUCUGAGUGUUCCUUUUCUUUUCUUUGUCAGUGGGAUGUGGAAGUUUGCCACAGUUUGCCAUAUUUGCGCUUUUUAAACCUUCCUUUUUUCUUGUGUCGUGGGUCAGUCCAGCUUCUCUGAGGAACAGUAGGAAUUUAUUAUGGAACAUGAUUCACUUGCAUCCCAUAGGAAAUGAACCAGAGUCAUCGCACUGCAGCCAGAUGGUCUUCACCCUCACGAAUGAGCUCUGAGAACUGUCCAUCAGACUCUGCUGAUAACAUUAACAGUGGCUCUGUUGUAGUCUAGCAUGCACAACACCAGGACCCUGAAACUGAAGAAACUAAAUUCAGUCAUCACUGGUUUUAGAAUUUACACCUGUGCUUUACCUACAGUGACGUGUCCAAAAGACUUUAUAAUGAGUCCUUUUUCGUUUCAUUAACGACUUGCAGACUGGGGCCCCUGCUGUCUGAACACAGCCUCUGAUAAACAAACAGUACUCUCAUUAUCGCACAGUAUCUCUGUUCAUGUAAACACACUAACACUCAAUACUACACUACUUUAAUCAGUAAACUGUACUAACACUCUGAUAUUUUGCGCUCUGGACUUCACAGCCGUUUGAACCAUUAAACAUGAAUUUAGACAACGUGUUCAAA